GCAGUCUGCUCCUUCCCUGCUCUGGCUCUGGCAGUCAGGUGUUUUCCCGCUCAGGAAGGUGAGUCUCGCAUGGGAGACCUCCAACACCUGCUCUACUUUUUGUCACGGUGAUUCAAGCUGCAGCUUUUGCUCGUGGAGCACACCCAGCUUCACACUGUUGCUGAGAAGUGCUCAUUGCACUCUCCAGUAGGAUAGCAGGGAUGCGGUGGUCUUCAGGCGGCCAUAGGGCCUGUUGCAACCCUGAGGAAACUAGCCGUUCCACACAUUUACACUGCUGCUGCCCCUCGGGAAACCUUGGCUUUGAAACCAAGUGCCCGCGUGGGUGUACUACCUCUGUUUUCCCCUUCUACCGCAAAAGGGGGCUCGUUGCCGCCGCCCUCCAACUCGCUCCUGCGGGGGGGUUCCGUGCCUCCCUUCGCACCCGGCCCUGCAGCGGGGAUCGCCCUUCCCGCUCUCCCACGUCCUCCAUCCCGGGUGGCGCCGGCCGCCCCCGCGCCGCUCCCCCUCUCCCCGGCACUGCCGCAGCGGCUGCACCGCAAGGCGAAGCCCACGCCGUGGCUCCGGCCCGCCCCUCCCGGCCCGUCACGCCUGGCGGCUCCAGCGGGAGGCUCUGCGCGCUCGCUCCCUCCCGCAGCCGGCUUCAGGAGGAGGCGGCGGGGAAGGAGGGAGCGGCAGCGCCUCGCAGCCCGCCCGGGCCCUCUGGUUCUUGGCCUCUUCCUGCUGGCGUCCAACACGCAGUACAUUUUCCAAAUAGUGUUCAGCAGUUGACUCUGCAGUAGAGCAGAUACAAGAUGGAGGAAACAUACAAAGACAGGACUUCAUUAGUGAAAGGGGCAAAAGAUAUUGCCAAAGAGGUAAAGAGGCAAGCAGUGAAAAAAGUGAAUAAAGCUGUUGACAAAGCUCAGGAUGGCUACACGCAGAGGUCCUACAGUCGAUUCCAGGAUGAGGAAGAUGAUGAUGAUUACUAUGUCCAAGGAGGAAGUUAUGGUGUGGAAGCUAAUGAUGAUGAAGGAUCAAGUGAAGCCACUGAAGGGCAUGAUGAAGAUGAUGAAAUCUAUGAAGGGGAGUAUCAGGGAAUCCCAAACAUGGGGCAGGGCAAAGAUGGCAUGGUGGCCUUAGGGCAGCCUAUGCAUGAUGAAUAUAAAGAUCGUCAUGAACUGGAAACAGAAAGGAAAGCUGAUGAAGAAGAACUAGCACAGCAAUAUGAACUGAUAAUACAAGAAUGUGGCCAUGGUCGAUUCCAGUGGGCCCUCUUUUUUGUUUUGGGAAUGGCUCUAAUGGCUGAUGGGGUUGAAGUUUUUGUGGUUGGAUUUGUGUUGCCCAGUGCUGAGACAGAUAUGUGUAUACCCAAUUCUGGAUCAGGAUGGCUUGGUAGCAUAGUGUACCUUGGGAUGAUGGUGGGGGCAUUCUUCUGGGGAGGCUUGGCAGACAAAGUGGGAAGGAGACAGUCACUCCUGAUUUGCAUGUCUGUCAAUGGAUUCUUUGCCUUCCUUUCAUCAUUUGUCCAGGGGUACGGCUUCUUCCUCUUCUGUCGUUUGUUUUCUGGAUUUGGGAUUGGUGGAGCUGUGCCAACAGUCUUCUCCUAUUUUUCGGAAGUGCUUGCUCGGGAGAAACGAGGUGAACACCUGAGUUGGCUCUGUAUGUUUUGGAUGAUUGGUGGUAUCUAUGCAUCUGCAAUGGCUUGGGCAAUCAUUCCUCAUUACGGAUGGAGUUUCAGCAUGGGAUCCGCUUAUCAGUUUCACAGUUGGCGAGUGUUUGUGAUUGUCUGUGCACUGCCCUGCGUCUCUUCUGUGGUAGCCCUCACCUUUAUGCCAGAGAGUCCACGAUUCUUGUUGGAGAUUGGAAAACAUGAUGAAGCUUGGAUGAUACUCAAGCAAAUUCAUGACACAAACAUGCGAGCUCGUGGUCAGCCUGAGAAAGUCUUCACAGUUAACAGAAUUAAAACUCCAAAGCAGAUAGAUGAGCUCAUAGAAAUAGAAAGUGAUACAGGAACUUGGUACAGGAGGUGUUUUGUUAGAAUUCGCACAGAGCUAUAUGGUAUUUGGUUGACUUUCAUGAGAUGCUUCAACUACCCGGUAAAGGAUAAUACGAUCAAACUUACAAUUGUGUGGUUCACCUUGUCUUUUGGCUACUAUGGCUUAUCUGUCUGGUUUCCUGAUGUCAUUAAACACCUUCAGUCAGAUACGUAUGCAUCCAAAGUGAAACUUUUCCACAGUGAGGAGGUUUCAAAUUUCGUCUUCAACUUCACACUGGAAAAUCAAAUUCACAGCAAUGGAGAGUACAUCAAUGACAGGUUUGUCAUGAUGAAGUUUAAAUCGGUAACCUUUGAAGAUUCACUUUUUAAGAAUUGUGUGUUUGAAGACAUAACUUCUCUGAAUACAUACUUCAGGAACUGCACUUUCGUAAAUACCACCUUCUACAACACAGAUCUCGAGCAGUAUAAAUUCGUUGACAGUGAUUUUAUAAAUUGCACAUUUUUUCACAUCAGGACAGGAUGCCAGAUUUCCUUUGAUGAUGACUAUAGUGCCUACUGGAUUUAUUUUGUUAAUUUUCUGGGUACUUUGGCAGUGUUACCGGGGAACAUUGUGUCUGCUCUUCUGAUGGAUAGAAUUGGACGUUUAACAAUGCUAGGUGGCUCCAUGGUUCUCUCUGGCAUAAGCUGUUUUUUCCUGUGGUUUGGGACCAGUGAAUCCAUGAUGAUAGGUAUGCUGUGCCUGUACAAUGGCCUCACGAUCUCAGCCUGGAACUCUCUUGAUGUCAUUACUGUAGAGCUGUAUCCUACAGACAGAAGGGCAACCGGCUUUGGCUUUUUGAAUGCACUAUGCAAAGCAGCAGCUGUACUUGGAAACUUGAUAUUUGGUUCCCUUGUUGGUAUCACCAAAGCAAUCCCUAUUCUCCUUGCUUCUACUGUUCUAGUGUGUGGAGGUCUGGUAGGACUUCGACUUCCUGACACGAGAACCCAGGUGUUGAUGUAACAGGAAAAAGCCAUUUACUGUUUCUUUCUUUCUUUGUACAAAUGUCAGCUCUCCUGUUUGGUGGUGCAAAGGCUUCAGAUUAUUAAUGUUUUGUUGAGUGUUCAGGUGGCAGAAACCAAACACAGGUGUGUGGAGUGGCAGAAAUCUAGAAACUACUCUAUGAAAAUUUUAGAUUUCUCUUUCAUUUGCUUGCAUAUUUUGCUAUUUAAAACCAUUUCACUUCAAACUGCAAAGCUACCUCCAAAAACACUUUCAAUGACAUGUCCAGGAAGAUAAAAACCAUACUGAUAAUUUGAUACUUAAAAAGCAGUCAUAUUUCUUAAAAAUACAUGCUAAAUUUGGCCAUGACAUUAUGAGCUCUUGUAGCAGUGCAGACAUGCAAGGCACUUAAGUAGCAGAGAAUCUUAUAUGUAUCAGUGCAUGCGGCAGUAGUCAGGAAUCUGUGCAGACUGCUUCAGUACUGAAAAUACUGACCUUCCAUAGCCAAGCUUAUUGAUAAAAACUUCUACAUUUUAAGCCAGAGGCCUGGACGAAAGCAUCAGUGCCUCUUCAUUGGGAAAUGGCUUUAGGUAGGUUCAAUCUAAAGUAAAGCUUACCAUCUACACCCCAUAUUUGCUGAGGAGAAGGCAACAGGUAUUGUGGGGAGAUGAAAGGCCAAACAUGAGUGAGGACAAUGAGAAUAAUAAAAAUAAGCACUUUCACUCUUUGCUGCUAGUCCUCCAGAAAAAAUAAUAAUAAUAAAACGUUUUCUUAUAAUUUGUGGCAUCUGGAGUAUUUUUGCCAUUUUAAAACAGAGAAUGUAUAUUAUUCCAGAUGUGAGUCAAUGCACAAAACAGUAUUUAUGCUAUUGCAAGUAUGAAUCAAGGAAAAAUCAAGCCAGUGAACUGUAUGAAAAGUAGGAUGCUUUCAGAAAAGUUUGCUUGGUAUUUACAUUUUUGUUUGGUAUUUCCACUUCAAAUACAAGUUUCUUUGUCAGAGAAUACAACCUACUAAAUUUAGUCAGUUCAUAACUUCAGCAUAAUCUAAUUAAAAUCUCUCAAAACAUUUUUAAAAAAUAUUAAAGCAAAGAAAUAAUAAAAACACCUGAAUUAAUUUCAUAGCUUAUACACUCCUUCAUAUAAGCAUUUACUCAUGAUUUUAAAUAUCCUAUAGAUAUAUCAACGUUUAAUACUCAUAGCUCCCUGAAAAGCCAUUAAGAAAAAAACGGUGUAAAGGCUGCAGGGGUUGGUCAUAUCUUUAUAAGGCCAAACGUAAGGAUGAAGAGUAAAUGGUAGUAAAUAAGUUUCUUAUAUGUCAUAUGCUAUUAAUUGUUUCAGAUUGCAAUAAAAACAUCCUCACCAGUUCUACUGCCCUGUAAAAUGCUGUCAGAUCUCUUUAAAAUGUUAGCAUUCGAACUUAAAUGUAGAUACAGUGGACAAAGGGAGCAGAUUCCCCUGAUGUGAGAAGCUGGCUUUGCUUUCAGUGAAGCUAAGACUGUUCAACUGAUUACGUGGCUAUGUUUUCAAAGAAUAACUUUCAUAUAAAUCAUAAGGGAAAAUUUAUCAGUAUUUUUUCUAAUUAUGUCUCACUACUUUUAUUAGGUGACUGAGUCACUGCCAACGAAAUUGGGCUUUCAGAUAAGGUCUGUAUAGUAAGAUAGAUGCUUCUUGUUUUUUUCACUCCCUCCUAUGUGGGAAGUAGUAGUAUCUAUCCCUGAAUUUUGUCAAUUUUGUCAUCUUAGUUAUUUUGAAAGAGUAAGUAAAAGACAGUCCAAACAAGACCAUUCAUUACAUUUAAAGUUCACUGCUUGAUUUACUGAAUAUAGAAGUUUCAGUUUUGAACAAAUUCUUGUGCAUUUUAACAAGAGAAAAUGAGCCCAAGAUGGGGUUUCUGGUGUUCAAAAAUGAUUAAAGUGGCUAAAUUAAAAAAGCAACAAUACUGAAAACUAGUGGCCAUUUUUUUAUGUUGACAGUUCAAAUAUUGUAUAGCAAAAAAAACCAAUUUUAGUAAGUUUAUUUUACAAUA